UUUGACCGCGAUCUCCUCCGCGCAGCAUUUUACGUUUUCAAUAAGCAAAUGCCACCGCUGUUUGAACGCUUUGAUCUUUACGAGGAAGAAAGAAAAUUUACCGAAGGGGACUAAAUUGAUGUGUCAACAUCAUUGAAAUACCUCCAGAAGAGGAUCGCGGGGGCUGGAAAAGCAACUGCGAAAUUGACGGAGGCAUUCCUUUGGAAGUUAUUCCGUAGCCUAAGAGCAGAAACUUCAGAGCAAGUUUUCAUUGGGCAAAAUGGGGGAACAACCCAUCUUCAGCACUAGAGCUCAUGUCUUCCAGAUUGACCCAAACACAAAGAAGAACUGGGUACCCACCAGCAAGCAUGCUGUUACUGUGUCUUAUUUCUAUGACAGCACAAGAAAUGUGUAUCGGAUAAUAAGUUUAGAUGGCUCAAAGGCAAUAAUUAAUAGCACCAUCACCCCAAACAUGACAUUUACAAAAACAUCUCAAAAGUUUGGCCAGUGGGCCGAUAGUCGGGCCAACACAGUUUAUGGACUGGGAUUCUCCUCUGAGCAUCACCUUUCAAAAUUUGCAGAAAAGUUUCAGGAAUUUAAAGAAGCUGCUCGACUAGCAAAGGAAAAAUCACAAGAAAAGAUGGAACUUACCAGUACACCUUCACAGGAAUCAGCAGGUGGGGAUCUUCAGUCUCCUUUAACACCAGAAAGUAUCAAUGGGACGGAUGAUGAAAGAACUCCCGACGUGACACAGAACUCAGAACCAAGGACUGAACCAACUCAGAAUGCAUUGCCAUUUUCACAUAGUUCAGCAAUCAGCAAACAUUGGGAAGCUGAACUGGCUACCCUCAAAGGAAAUAAUGCCAAACUCACUGCAGCGCUGUUGGAGUCCACUGCCAAUGUGAAACAAUGGAAACAGCAGCUGGCUGCCUAUCAAGAGGAAGCAGAGCGUCUGCACAAGCGGGUGACUGAACUUGAAUGUGUUAGUAGCCAAGCAAAUGCAGUGCAUACCCACAAGACAGAAUUAAAUCAGACAAUACAAGAACUGGAAGAGACUCUAAAAGAAAAGGAAGAGGAAAUAGAAAGAUUAAAGCAAGAAAUUGAUAAUGCCAGAGAAUUACAAGAACAGAGGGACUCUUUGACUCAGAAACUACAGGAAGUAGAAAUUCGGAACAAAGACCUGGAGGGACAACUGUCUGACUUAGAGCAGCGUCUGGAGAAAAGUCAGAAUGAACAAGAAGCUUUUCGCAAUAACCUGAAGACACUCUUAGAAAUUCUUGAUGGAAAAAUAUUUGAACUAACGGAAUUACGAGAUAACUUGGCCAAGCUACUAGAAUGCAGCUAAGGAAAGUGAAAUUUCAGUGCCAAUUGACUAAAAGAUAUACAUACUGUCUCUCUUUAUAGGACUGUUUGGGCUCUGCAUCAAGAUUGCACAAAAAAUUUGAAUACCACUCCUCCAGGAGGAGGAUCUUUUGAAAAAUUGGAAUUGUAUAUUUCAGUGUAAAUUUUAGAAUUCAGCUUGUAGCCAGUUUGAGAAAAAAAAAAGAGAUGAAAAACUUGAACUACAAAUUACCUCCAUGUAUAUUAUUGGCCAUAGUUAACUAGAAAGUUAUAGAAACUUAAUGCAAUCUUUUUUCUGAUAUUAGCCAAUGGGAGAAUUAACAUUGUCUGGGUCACAUCCCACUUUUGUGUUCAACACAGUGAAGGUUAUCUGCUUUUUCAGUUAAUUUAUUUAUGAUAUCUAAAGCUGUGUUUUGUGCAAAAACUUAGUGAUGAAAGCCCUGUCUUUUGUUGUAUUGGAAUAAUUUCUCAGGAUAUUUUUGCACUGCUGAGAAGUGGUGCCAUUACCAAUUAAUUCUUGCCAGAAGUGAGAGAGAGCUGCAUCUUGAAAUGAAACAUACUUAUUAUAACUGGGUGUAUAGAGUUCUUCCCUUUUUUUAUACUGGAAGAUAUUUCACUCUGGAGACCACUCUGCUACACUCUGGUGUUCUCUAAUCUUGUCCACUGUAUAGUUUACUUUUCCAUAUUGAUUCCAUGUACUUAAGAGAAGAUUGUCUCCCCAUUUUAUUACACAUUUUAAAGCCAACUAAUGAAGGCAGCUGAGUCCCUCAGAAAUAUUUCUUUUUAAAUUUCUAAUAAAUUUGACACAAAGUACUGAACUACAGCAGCCCACCGCGGACGGGCUGGCCUAGCAAUGUUAAGUAUAUUUACAGAAUAUGCAGUUACAUUUCUUUAUAUAUUUUGCAAGAAAUCUUUUCUGAAUGAUCAAUGCAUUUAAAUUUACAAAUAGUGGUUAUUGGGGAACUGUUUAUUAUAGAUCAUUUUAAGGUGUAUAGCUAUUUUAAAGGGGAUUCAUUUCCAUCCAACAGCCUAUUAGAGGACUAUUGGGAUUGGAGCUGUAUACUCGGUCUGGGUCUUCACACCCCCACAUCUUUCUUCAAACCUCACAAGGCAAUAUUCUGAACUGUUAUCGAGGCAUUUCAAAACGGGAAUUCAAUUCAAUAGGCUCUUCUCAGUGAACCAGUUUUAAUGUUGUUUUGAUGUAAUUUUAAAAAACUUUUAGCAAACAUGCAUUUCUUUAUAUAUUUAUUUCAAGAGGCUAUUUUAAAAGUUAGCCAAGUGCUGUCUGCUUGUGGAGUAGGAGUUGCAUCAAAGUCCAUAUAUUCUUGCUGUACAAUGCCUGUGAAGUGGAAGAGGGUUCUUUUUAAAAAUAUAAGCCUGAGUUUCUGGCUUGAUAGACUCUACAAAUGCACUGACAUUUUGUUUGUACCCCAAAACAAUUGGAUUGUUAAGUACAAAAUUAAGCUAAUGAAUCAAUUUGUAACCAUUUUUUUCACUCACAGUGACUCUAUACACUUUUAUUUUACAUAUGUAUGUGUAUGUAUGUGAAUACAUACAAAUUAAUUUAUAUUAGAGUGAAAAAAAUAAAAGGUUUGUUUUUAAAGUUAGUUUCUAAAGUGAAUUUUCACAUGUCUCUGAGAAGUUUAUAUCAGACACUCAUGUGCUGUGUGUGCUGUAACAUCAUUUUAGGAUAUUUUUGUCACUUAUUUAGUAUAGAGAGGACAAUUUAGGUAACAGUGUUAGGUACACCAACUCAGAGGUGAGAUAUUUCUCUGAUAAAUCAGGUAAUAAAAUGUAUGUAAUAAAGGUACUUUGAAGUAUUUGUGAGGUUACCCCACAAUUUCUGAGUAUUACUGAGUACCAGAUUUAACACUAGGAAUCAGGGAAUUUAGCUAAUGAAAAGUUAAAAUUAAAGCAGUGUAAGCUGUUGAAUGGUAAGUGAAUUAUUUUAAUGAUUAGUAAGAUAUUUUUAAAUUUUGACAUAGCUUUCAUUUAAUGGAAAAAUUGCUUACCAAAAUGCCUCCACUUGAAUUGUAUUGAUAGGUGAGACAUGUACAAUUCAAUAUACACAUAUGCUCAUACAUAUAUACAGAAAAUUAUUUUUAAUAUUUUCCUACUGAUAGCAAAUUUAAAAUCAGAAGUUUUGUGAGUUUUUCCUUGUCAAUAGAGUCUAAUAUUUUCCCUUUUUUAGUGAUUUAACAAUUUCUUGAGGGCUGCACCUUUAAAUUCCCAGAUUGUAAUUAGGAUGUACAGUAAAUGGGAUAAGGUGAACACAAGUGCACAUAUAAAUAAAAUCUUAAUUAAGACCAUUUAAACAUUCAUAUACAGAAUAAGAGUAGAUGUCAUCAACUCAUGAUUAGGAUGUGUGCCUACUGUAGUUUUAUCCAUUUCUGUAUGAUAUAAGUAAAAGUUUGCAUAUUAAAAUUUGAUUUUUCCCAGAGACAAGCACUAUAUAGUGUAUCUAUUUAGAUCAAACUGUGGUAAUCUAUUUAUCAGGAAACAAUGUUGGGGACUGUAGCCUGAAUAUGUGGACUUAAAGUAAUACAGAAAUGAAGAGCAGACAUGGAUUCCAUUGUGUAUAAGUUAUUAUGUGACUGCUAUGAAUUCUUGUAUAAAACAAAAACAAUGAAAAAAAGAAAAACAAAAAUACAGUUUUUAUUUUGAAAUACAUUUGUUGUUCUCUGGAGAAUGUAAUUUAUCCUUAUUUUCCUUCAGUCUUUUACAGAUAUUUACAAACAUUUACGUGAUGGCAGCAUUUACUUAAAUCUUACAGGUGCUAUGAAUUUUGCUUUAGUGCAUUAUGUUGUGAAAUUAUUUGACAUUUGACAUAAAAGGUCUUAUAGGCAUUUCCCUACUUGGAAAAUUCUUUUUAUUUCUUCUCUGUCUCUCAUUCUCUUUCUCUCCUUUCCCAUCCUUCCCCUCCCCUCUCGGUCUCUCUCUCUGUCUCUGUCUCUCUCUAUCUCUUUCUUUCUCACUGUCUCUCUCCCCUCUUCUGCCCCUCACUUCCUCUCUCCCCCAACCUUCUACCCCGGCCUUCUGUCUGUCUUUCUCUAAUACUCUUUCUGCAGAUGAAGAAAAAGUUCAUGAAGUGGCAUCCUUGGCCCUAUAGAGGAAUGUGAGCACCAACUUAGAUUUAAAGUUUUGCUGUCAUUAAACUUCGGGAAGCAGUUACAGGAGAAACACGUUUUUUCCCUCCAGGCAGACCUAAAAGACACCACCACCGCCUUUAAAAGUCAUUUCUUUGCCCAUUAAAAGUAAAUUCAUUCUCUAACGUGUGCUCUGCUGUCUUCCACUUAAGUCUGGAGUAUGCAGCCCAGCUGAUCACUCUCUCCUUAAGACCCUGUGAUUGUCGGUUCUGGGUUAGGAGGCGGGCCAGAGGGAACAUCUGUUGGCAGUGUGUUUUAUUUGUUUUUCAAAAAAAUUCUUUCGUUUACUUGGUAUCAAGUGGUUCUAACAUCCUGAAAUUCUGUAUUUGAAGUCAUAAAAUUGUCUUUAUUGAAUUUUUGUCUUUUGAAUAUUUAGCAUUGUUUAUCAUGCAUGAUGUAAAUUUAUUUAUAUAAAGUCCUAAAGAAGAAAAUUUUCAGGGAAGAAGUUGAGAAUGACACAAUUCAUUUUUUUUUUCUCAAGGAGCAUUGCUGUAAUAAGCAUUUGUUGAGAAGACAAUUUUCAUGUGAGAGAAUAUUUUAAAAUUCCUAGAGAAAGAUCAUUUUAGAAUGGACCAGAUGUAUUUGUCACCUAUAUAUAUUUAUAAUCAUCUUACUUAAUAUUCUUCCUAAUAUUUAUGUUGAAUUAGACCUUACAUCCACGUUUUUCUCUAUGGGAAACAAAUAUAUAGAAUGUUGCUCAAAUAUAAGCAUGAUUACUGAAUUAAAAAUGUGAAAUGCUUUUCAUUUUUGUUUGCAUGUCACCUAGGAAAAUAACUGACAAUUUUAUUCAAGGAAAAAAUACUAAAAAUUUAGUCAGCACUA